UUAAUCAAGCAAAGCUCCCUUAGCUGGCUCGGAGGCUCCUGGUUUUGCUCUAUUCCGGAGUCUAGUCUGCUUGUGCAUUGGGUGGCUGAUGCCUUGGUAAUUACGACGCUGGAAACAUGAGGUACAUCAGCACUCGAGGAGAAGCCAAGAGCGUUGACUUUGAAGGAGCCCUCUUUUCUGGCUAUGCACCGGAUGGUGGCCUUUUCAUGCCCCAGGAAAUCCCUACCCUGGACUAUAACACCCUGCGAACAUGGAGUGUCUUCUCCUAUCCAGAGCUGGUGAAGGAGCUGAGUUCACUCUUCAUCUCAUCUGAACUAAUCCCACGGAAAGAGCUGAAUGAUCUGAUUGACAGCGCCUUCCGGAGGUUCAGACACGAAAAUGUUGUGCAUCUGGCCAGGCUGAAGAAUGGAUUGAAUGUUUUGGAGCUCUGGCAUGGUGUAACUUAUGCCUUUAAGGACUUGUCCUUGUCCUGCACAGGACAGUUUUUACAGUAUUUCAUGAAGAAAAGGAAGAAGCACGUCACUAUUCUAGUCGGAACUUCGGGAGACACCGGUAGCUCGGCAAUUGAAAGUGUGCGAGGGGAAAACAACAUGGAUAUCUUUGUUCUGUUACCCAAAGAUCUCUGCAGCCAGAUACAAGAACUGCAGAUGACUACGGUGAUCGAAGAGAACGUCCAUGUGUUUAUUGCUCAUGGAAAUAGCGAUGAAAUUGACGAGCCGAUCAAAGAAUUGUUCGCUGAUGCAGAUUUUGCUAGAAAAUACAAUCUGAUGAGCUUGAACUCAAUCAACUGGUCUAGGAUUAUGGUGCAGAUCACUCACUACUUCUAUGCUUACUUUCAAUGCACUCCAUCCAUGGACAUGACUCCACUGCCAGCUGUGGAAAUUGUUGUGCCAACAGGGGGUGGAGGAAAUCUCACAGCUGGAUAUAUCGCACAGCAAAUGGGACUUCCAGUCCAACUCGUCGCUGUGGUAAAUAAUAACGACAUUAUCCACAGGACAAUUCAGCAUGGAGAUUUCUCAUUCUCGGGGACCGUGAAGUCAACUUUAGCUUCUGCAAUGGAUAUUCAGGAACCUUACAAUAUGGAGAGAAUCUUAUGGCUACUUUCGGACUGUGAUGGCAGCUUGAUUAAAACUCUGAUGGAACAGUUUUACACGUCGAAAAACCUUACACUCCCAGAAGAAUUGCACAGAAAGCUUUCUGAAGCACUGAGCUCAUGUUCAGCAUCUGACGAAGACAUUGUUCAGGCAAUGAGACGCUGUUGGGAAGAUAAUCGCUACCUGUUAUGUCCCCACUCAGCUGUGGCUGUUCACUACCAUUAUAAGCAGCUGGACUGCCAUCUCAGCAACAGACCCAGGUGCUGCUUAGCACCCGCCUCAGCAGCAAAGUUCCCGGAUGCCAUGCUCAGAGCAAAACUCGUUCCUGAAGUUCCACCUGAGAUACGAGCUUUAAACGCGAUGGAGACCAGGUCCACAACACUGAGGAGAGAAGAUGACUGGGCAAGAACCCUAAGAGACAGAAUAGAAGCCAUGGCCAAGCGCAGACACACAUAGGUGGAGUUCAUCUGAUCCUGAAUAGUGCCAUGCCUGGGUAGUUCCAUAUAAAGGACGAGGCUGACUUAAUGAUGCAUAAUCUUUCUGAUAAUUUCCCUUCCUAGGACAGUCCUAAUGAACUCAAUAGAGGAUUAUAACAUUUCCAUAUAACUUGUAACUAAGCGAUGGAAUUCUGUAAUUCUCGAUCAAAUUCUAUAGAAUGUGUGACAGACCCAGACCAGUGGGGUACAGGAGUCUGGUAGAGAGCAAAUAUACUGGU